CUAAGGCGGGGCUAGAAUGCCGCCAAUGGCUGUUCCUAGCGUUCGGCCUCUUUGCCUAAAGGGCAAUCCCGACCUCGGACGGAAUUCUCGGUUAGUUCCUCGCGUUAAAAAGGAAAAAGAAAAAAGAAAACUGUGCCGCUAAUGACUACAACUACCAUCGCACCCCGCGCCCUUCCGUCUCGCCUGCGUUCGUUUCUACCAGCGCGCCCUUAGAGGCCGAGGGAAGCCUUCGGCGGCUUCAACCUCGCUCCCCUCACAUCCGUACUACAUUUCCCGGCAUGCCGCCGGAAUACGGCAAUCCCAAAUUUCACCGGGUAGUAGGGAUUAAGGUUCUCGUCGAGGAAGGGUCCUGAUAUGGCAUGACAUCAUCGCGGCAUCUGGGAACGGAAGUGGGCGGGGCCAAAGGCGCGAAGGUUUCCUUGUGGUACACAGCGAAGAGAGGGUAACCGUCCUUCUUCCCCCGCCAUUCCUGGAAUCGACCCUGUAGGCAGCUUCAUGGAGUUCCCAGAUCUAGGAGCCCACUGCACGGAGCCCUCCUGCAAGCGCCUGGACUUCCUUCCCUUGAAAUGUGAUGCUUGUGAACAGCUAUUCUGCACUGACCAUAUUGCCUAUGCCCAUCAUAACUGCACUUCAGCGUACAAGAAGGAUAUACAAGUUCCUGUUUGUCCAUUGUGCAGUACACCCAUCCCUGUGAAGCGAGGAGAAAUGCCUGAUAUUGUGGUGGGAGCCCAUAUAGAUCAAGACUGCAAAUCAGACCCAGCACAGCGUAAGAGAAAGAUUUUCACCAACAAGUGUCAGCGCCCUGGCUGCAAACAACGGGAAAUGAUGAAGGUGCUCUGUGACCAAUGUCAUGGCAACUUCUGCCUCAAACACCGGCAUCCCCUGGACCAUGACUGUAAUGGGACUGGGCGUUCACUCUCCAAAGCAGGGAAUGCUGCCAUAGCCAGGGCUCCAAAAUCUGCCAAAGAACCUGUAAACACUACAUGUAGUGGCCCAGCCAUGAGGUCUCAUGUCAGCCAACCAACCUCCAGCAGAUCAAGUGAGACAGUAAGAGCCCCUCAGCCACAAAGCCCGACUAUACCUGUUGUUGCUUUGCAAAACGGUUUGAGUGAAGAGGAAGCCUUACAGCGAGCCUUGGAGAUGUCUCUGGCAGAAACAGCGGCCAUCCAACCACAGCGCUGCAGCACCCAAGAGGAGGAAGACCUGGCACUGGCUCGAGCACUUUCAGCUAGUGAGGAAGAAUAUCAACAACAGCAACAACGGCAACAAGCUCGAAGCACAAAGCCAUCCAAUUGCUGCUUAUCCUGAGCAUCACCAGAAUCAUUCGACCUGGAAAUCAUCUGUGACCAUUCUGGGGCUUCCUUUAUGCUUCCUGGUUUACCACUGGGGCACUCUCAGAAGUACUAGCAAUGAACCAAAGACUGAAUCCCUGCCCAGAUCUUGCAAAGACCCUCUUUGCACCCGACUGCUGCCACUUGCACUAGGACUGUGUCUGUGCCUUCUGAGACAGCUGGCACCAUUUCUCCCAUUGGACAAGGCACCAGUGAUUAUUGCUGUAAGGUCCCCAAUCCUUGUCAUUUUUUAAUUGGCUUCCAAUGAUGUGCUGCGCUGGGAAUAUUUCACAGCAGAGAAUGAAGAACUUAACUUACUGUCGUCCUCCAAUCUGUUUUUGUCUCUAGCACAUUUGGACAGUAGGUGGUGCUAAAUGCUUUCAUAGGAGGGAUUUUCGCUACCUCCUCCUGCUCUGCUGCUUCUUGAAAAAUAAGGGGAAGAUAUCUCCCUAUAGCCACUCUUUUGAAGUUUCUAUAUCAAAUAAACAUCUUAACUGCUA